ACUCCUCCGGCUUUGGCUUUGUGACAUUGGGAGGUUCCUCUUUUGCUGAUUUGGCCCAAACCACAGACGGGUUUGCAUUUGGAGGUCAAGACUCCAACUUCUCAUGGGCAAACGCUGGGGCGACGGUAUUCAGGGCGGGCAUGAGCUCUGCGCCAAAAAAUGACAACGGUGAGGAAGGCAGUGAUGAAGAGGACGCUAAUAAUGGGGACAUUCACUUUGAGCCAAUCGUGUCACUACCAGAGGUGGAGACCAAGUCUGGAGAGGAGGAUGAGGAGAUCCUGUUCAAGGAGCGCGCCAAGCUGUACCGAUGGGACCGCGACCUCGGCCAGUGGAAGGAGCGUGGCGUCGGCGACCUGAAGAUCCUCUACCACCCGAGCAAACGUUUCUACCGGAUCCUGAUGAGGAGAGAGCAGGUGCUGAGGGUGUGUGCCAACCACACCAUCAUACCAGCUAUGGAACUCAAACCCAUGAACGCCUCGGCCAACGCGCUGAUCUGGACCGCCACCGACUACUCAGGUACUGAAGGAGGGUUGAUGCAGAGUCUGCAUUUGUCCGCCCGAGAGGACCCUAAUCCGGGUCCUGUGGGUAGUUUGUUCAUGAAACUGUUUCUCAGGGCUUUUUAAUAUUUAAAAACCAAUCGAACCAUUUUUACCGAGCCCUGAGAGAAAAAAAUGCUGACUCACUUAGCACAUAACUUAAGGUAAAAAUACCCUUGUUACUUAUCGUAACUGCACAUACAAGUUAUCAUCGUGUUCAAUGGCAUUAAAA